AUGCUAUUUUUUCAGGAAAUGGAAUACAAUGAUGUAGUUAUUCACGAUGAACAUAACUCCAAUGCAUUUCUUAACGUUUUAACAGUGAUUACUCUCGUUUGCAUCUGUGUUCUGGGAACAAUCGGUAAUUCAAUUGUUCUCAUUGUCGCUGUUUGGAAACAGAAAUAUUCGUCCGUGACGAAUUGUUACAUUAUUAAUUUAGCAAUAACAGAUCUUUUAUUUUUACUCAUUUCCGUUCCGUUAACAACUUAUUUAGGAUUAACAAAUAAAUGGAUUCUCAGCGGGAUUGUUAGCUGUCGUGUUCAUGUUUACCUUGCUUAUGUACUUCUUCAAGCAACAUGUUAUACAUUGGCUGUUAUGAGCGUUGAUCGAUAUCUUUAUGUGGUUAGUUCUCAUCCGCGUCCACCUUGGCGAACACCGCUGAAUGCGCUUAUUAUCUGUAUUCUCAUCUGGAUCGUUUCAAUUGCUUUCAUAUUUCCUUAUACGUCGUUCUCGUCAUCGACAUCGAACGCGGAGAUGGCGCCGAUAAAUCCUUGUGAAGUGUCAGCGUAUCAUCCCUUUUUUGCAUCAUGUUACUUUCCAUUCUGUGCUUAUUACAUAUUACCACUAUUGGUUAUUGCUCUUUGUUACACAAGACUAUUUUGUUAUCUGCGAAAGACAUCGAACGCAAUCAAACGGCAUAAAAACAGUUUAUUAAAAGAUGGCCCAUGCGCACCAUCCAAUCGUCGCCGAGUGAUCAGAACACUAGUUUCAUUAACCUGUGCAUUCGCCCUAUGCUGGCUUCCAAUUCAUACACUUGAAUUUCUUAAUUGUCAACGUUUAUUGGAUGAUUUUUAUAUUCAUCAUACAUUUUUACUUAAUUUAUUUCGAGUUAUCUCACACGCACUAUCAUAUUUUAAUUCAUGUUUAAAUCCAUUUCUAUAUGCACUUUUCAACAAAGACUUUUUCCAGUAA